UAAUGCAGGAAAACUAUUUUAUCGGUUACUAUUGGCUAGUUUCCUUUAUACGAUGACGCGCUUGACAUUAAUAUUGGCUGUAUUCACAAUAGCGGAUAUAACGGUCUGCCAGGUUGUAGCUCAGAAUUUUGUCAAAAGUGCAUUCCAAGACCAGCAGUUGAAAGAUGAUGAUGAUAACGACGACGAUAGCUUUCAUUCUUUAAAUGCCCAAAAUCUUGCGGCGUUGCUUGAAGUUGCGCUUAAGGCUGGUGGCAAAUAUGGAAAGCAAAAACAUGUCGGCCGGAAAGAAACAAACCAAAAGAUAACACAAAACUAUCAACCAACAUUAUUUGAUCAAUUGACCGGGCUGGAUGCAGAUGAUGUUCUAGUUUAUGACCCCGACAACUACAAGGCAUUACAUACUGAACAAGAGAAACAUCGUUUAUCGGACAUGUUAGGAUCAUCUAUUUAUGAUAAAACCAUUUCCGAUGAAGAAGAUGAUAAUUUGCCGGUAUAUGUUAUAGUCAAGGUCGAUGAACUCCAACAGAGAAAAACUGAUAAGAGUCCAAAUAACGUGCUUUCAUCACUAUUGAAGUCACUUUCAUCAAGCCAAAAGGAUCGUACCAAUAUCGGGCAAGAGCAUCGUUACAAAGGAUUUCGAGUGAAGGAUUCCUACAGGAGAGCGAGAGACUCUAGUGAAACUUAUUCUUCACCUGAAGUCGAGGAGAAACGGCCAAUAUCCCGACCGCGGGCAUAUGGCGGCGGCCGGACCCCCAUCCCCUACAUCAAACAUCGUGGCGACAUCUACGAAAAAGAUAAUUAAAGAGAAACUGAGACGUUGAA